UUACAUUUUCAUCAAUAUCUGUCUACUCGCUUUGGUAAAAGAAUGAUUUUAUUAAUACGAUUUUAACUACUGAGUUAUAUAUAUUGUUAAUAUUUAUAGAACGCGUGAAACUAGUAUUAUGAAAAUACUUUUCAGAAAAAUCUAGCUACAUGUAAAUAUGGUUCUUAGGUUUCUAUUGUAUUUGAAUAUUUCAUAAGAUACACACACACACAAAGUCCGACAGCAUGUUUGUCAAAAUGACAAAAAAUAUUUAGUUUUGACUAAAAAUGUGACAUCUUUCGUAGUUCCAUUGUUAAAAUUAAAAUUGUGUGGUUUCUACAUUAUUUUCUCCUAUAUACCACUAAUCUAGGGCUGCAAAAUAAGUUCUGUAUGCAGCUGCAGCACAUGAAUAUUGAUAUACGUAUUUGCUGAAUAAUUAGUCCAUUCUUGAUCUAUGUGUGUACUACCAAGUAGAACAGAGAAAAGGCUUUCCUCCCUGGUUCAUUUUUAAAAUGAAAUAGAUAACCUUUUUUUUAAUAUGAAGUUAGAUGAACUUACAGAGCUGGACGAGGUUAAUAAUUAACAUUGUUACUAAAGAUAUUUUUAUUUACAAUAAUUUACAUGUCUGAAUAUAGGUUAGAAUCGCCAGCACUAUGAUUAAUCGUGAAUUUUCCAAAUGACUUUAGAUGGAGAGAAAAAAAUAUAUAAAAGCAAAUCUUCCACUUUUAUAAUUGAUGACUUUAUUAUGUGUUUAAAGUCAUUUUUCUACAACGAAAGUAUAACUCCCCAUCUUCGCAUCAUCUAAGAAUGCAAACAACAUCCUCGUGGAUUCCAUAAUUUAAACCCUGCAGGUGGACAAAGACACAUACAUCUUGUUACUUCACCACCACACAUUUAAUUCCAUUGGUGUUAAAUAUACAUUAUAAGUUUUGCACAAAAAUAAAAAACAUAAAUAAUAGAAGAGCUAUAUAGGUUAGAUAAAAAGAAGUUUUGAACCUUUUUUAAUAUUAAAAAGUUUGAGUCUUAAACCGAAGGCAAAAGCUAGCAACUGUGUCAGUUUUGUAGCCAGCAGUAAUACUCGGUGGUAUAUCUCAUUGUCCACGUUCAAAAUUUUGACAGUGGCUUAAAACAAUUUGAGAAAUUGUUUUAGGACAAUUUGAAACAAUUUGAAAGGACUUGUGCAUAUAGUAUAUCUGUAGUAGAGCAAACGUAUAAUUAAUAUAUUAGCUAUUAUCUAAAAUGUUUUUUUUGGGGGAAAAGGGAACAUUAUGGUUAUGGGACAGGAAAACCAUCAACGACGGGCUGUGCAUCCGGAGGACAGCAAAUGGACGGAAUAUUUUAUCAACGCACCUGCGUUGUCUUGUUCGUGCCAGACGCUAGAGGAAUCAAUCAAGGAGAGGCGAGACAAGCUUGUGACCAAGGUUCAUUGCAUGAUCCAAGGAUACACAUCUAGCAAGAUUCAUCUGUCACAUGGGAUGAAGAUCGUCGACGCUAUAGAGCGCCUCGGUGUCGGUUACCAUUUCCAUGAGGAGAUAGGCAUGUUCAUGCGAGUCCUAAACGACACUCCUGCUAGGGAGAAUGACAUGGCCGAAGCUGCUCUUCGGUUCAGGCUGCUGAGGCAACACCACUACAAUGCUCCUAGUGAUGUUUUUGGGUGUUUCUUGGACAAGAAUGGAGACUUCAAGGAAACCCUGCGACAUGACGUUGAUGCUCUUCUUAGCCUGUAUGAGGCAGCUCAUCUUGGCAAGUGCGAUGAGGACUUGCUCAAAAGUGCCGUCGUCUUCACUACCGGCUGCCUCUCAGCCAUGGCAGAAAAUGACCAAUUGCCCCAGCCUUUAUUAGAGAAAGUAGAGCACGCACUGACCUCGCCGACGCAAAGGAGGAUGAAGAGGCUGGAGGCCAAGCUCUACAUCUCCAUCUAUGAGAACGAUGAGGAUAGCAACCACGACAUACUGGAGCUUGCUAAGUUGGACUUUCACAUCUUGCAGCAGAUGCACCGAGAUGAGGCCAGGAGAUUCUCACUGUGGUACAAGGAACUUAACGUUCGGAGCACACUGGGUCCAUACAUACGAGAGCGCCCAGUGGAGUGCUACUUCUGGUCACUUGGUGUUUUCUAUGAACCACAGUAUGCCAAGGCACGGAUGAUGUUUGCAAGACUUAUCAAGAUAUUUUCCUUGUUUGAUGAUACAUUUGAUUCAUAUGGCACCUUGGAAGAGCUUCACCUGUUCAACAAUGCUGUCCAAAGCUGGGAUGAAGGAGGAGCAAAACAGAUUGGUGAUUACUUCGGGUAUGUGAUGUCCCUUCUUUCCAAGACACUCAACGAAUUUGUGGUUGAUGGUGCUUCACCAUUGGGAAUUGACUGUACCAAGAAGACGAUCAAGGAGGCAAGCAGAUGCAUGUUGCAAGAGAUCAUAUGGAGAGAAGAGGGACAGGUGCCGCUAUUACAUGAUCAUCUCAAGUUCUCUACAAUUAGCACGUUGUAUUGGGCAUUGGCAUGCAUAUCUUUUGUGGAUCAUCGCAUGGAUGCAAACGAUGACGUCUCUAUUUUUUGUUGGGCAAUCUCAUCUCCAAAAAUUAUAGAGAAUUCGGCAAUGAUAACACGCCUAAUGGAUGACAUUUCCGGGCACGAGUGGGAGAAAGACGGAGGUGGAGUCCCAACUGCGGUAGAAUGCUACAUGAAAGAGUAUGGUGUGACAGUCCAAGAAGCCAAGAAAGCACUAUGGUGCCUUGUAGAGGAGCAGUGGAGAAGCAUCAAUCAAGAGUUCCUGCGCAACACGACGGUCCCAGUCCCCCUGUUGACACGUGUGAUAAACCUUGCACGGCUCAUGGAAACCCUUUACAAGACGACCAAUGGCUACACACACUGCUCGGGAGUUACUGACCUCAUUUCCAAUGUCCUGGACACAUGCGUAUCUCAUUAAUUGAGAUGGGCAAACGUAAAAAAAACAUGCAUAUAUACAUGAUCCAUAUAUAUAUAUAUAUAUAUAUAUAUAUAUAUAUAUAUAUAUAUAUAUAUAUAUAUUCCUAUAUUAUAUUGUGCCACGUGGCGCCAGUCUAUUCAGCUCGACGCAUGCUCUCUUCAUGCGGGAGCUUUUGUUCAUGUGUUUGUACCCUGUUUCGUUGCACCAUGCAUGUUGUAGCCCUGCUUAUUGUACGUGUCAAGUAAGCAAUGAAAAAAAAACCCGAAAAGCUGUGCGGUUGUAGCAGCAAA